AGCAGUAGCAGCUAAAGCAAAACCAAAACCAGCAGCCUUGAAUCAAUUUUUUCUCUGUGCUACACUUUACUUUAAUAUUUUGUGACCGCCGUACCAUUUUUUUUUUGCCAUUUCACGUUUUGCGCGCCACGGAUACUUGGAUACACGGGUAUUAUCCGUCGGAAAACGGAAACGAAACGAAGCAACAAACGAGUCCGCCGUAUAAACUAUCAUCAUCUCCACUGAGAAAAAAAAACCCCUCCCUCCCCUUACAACCCAAAAAAGGAAAAUAGAAAAGAAAACUAGAAGAGAAAGAAGAAGAAUGAAGAAAAAGGAAUGGGAUGGUGGGAUGGGGGUUCUAUGUGUAUUUUUUGUUGCUGCUGCUGCUACUUUUUUCGUGGCAUAUUUUUUGACUUUGACUUUAAUUCUUUUGCCUUUGCUUUUUCCCUCUGCCCCUCCGCGCUCUUCUCGCUGUCUGAGUGUGUGUUUGUGUGUGAGUGCGUGUCUGUGCGUGUGUUGGCAACAACAAGCAAGAUUGUCUCUUUUUUUCUUAUUUUUCUUGAUAACAUUUUCAAUUUUCCGAACGAACAAAACAAAGUGUUUUCCCGCAUUUCAAGCCAAACAAGCGCAAAAUUACACCAACAACAAGAGAAAUUUUUGUUUUUUUUUUUUAAGGCACUCUGACAUCAUCUGCAAAGCUCCACAAAGACAACAACAAUUGUUAAACUUCAACAGCAGAAAAGAACAACACAGUCGACAGCAAACAAUGAAAAAUAACUCUUUUUUUUGGCCCAAUUGACACCAAAAACAAACAAAAACCACAUACCACUAAUGUAACAAUUUUUUUGAAGCCCACCAAAAAGGACGACUAAAGCAAAAAAAUUAAAUCGCAACGCACAACCAAGUUUCGAGCAAAAAAAAAACAAAAAGUUUAAAUUCAAAUCGUAAAAGACAGUUGCGAAGACCAGUGAAAAAGUUUAAAAUAAGAAAUGCAAACGCGACUUUAAACCCAAAACCUCUGACAAACGCUUCUUUCACACCGGUUCAGCAAAGGUCAGCGAAAGUUUCAACUCGGCAAAAAUAAAAUAAAAAUACCAAAAAUAUUAAAAAAGAUACAAAAAACCGAAUUACAAAUCGAAAAAUCCGUCAAGGAUAUGAGUAAAUCAAGUAAUUGAGCGCGCUACAUUUAAAAAGUUAUCAUUCCACACGUUACAUCCGAAACGAACAAGAGUUAAAGGCAGGAGUUAAACGAAGACAAGCUUAAAAAUACAAAUAUAUUGAAAUAUUUCAAAAGCUCCGAUUCGCCGCGACCCAAUCAAAUUCUAAAGUGUUCGACCAGCGAUUUUUGCACAACUUCGGUUUCAGUCAGGCAUACAGGGAUAUAUAGUUACAUAUAUCUAAAGUGCAUAUAUAUCCGAUCGAUCGACUCACCAACGUCUAAGGUAAACCAACAAGAAACAACACACGCACACCAAAAACCAAAAAGCAAAGAAGAGCUACUGAAAAUGGCAUCCGAACUGGAUCAAUUCGCCGACCUGGAACUCUCAAAGGAGGAUCGUGAACAGAUCUUCGAUCCGCCACUGGAUCGACAGCAGUUGGAAGGUGCUGGCACCUCAAGUGUUACGACAUCAAAAAUCUUAAUAAGCGGCAUACCGAUGCAAACACGUUUCGAAGACAUCGAACCGCUACUGAAGCCCUAUGGCAUCGUCAAACAGUGUGAGGCUAUUUCUAGUAAGGAUCAAAAUACUCAAACAGUACAUAUAACAUUCGAAAAUCCUGAGCAGGCGCAAAGAGCUGCUGUUGGUCUGAACGGUGUCGAGUUCGAGGGCAGCAAGCUGCAUGCCGAGCAGCUGGACAAGAACCAGCGGCGUAGCCAGCGUAACCAGCGCAAUCCGUAUCCGGGUAUGCCCGGUCCCGGACGCCAGGCGGACUUUCCGCUGCGCAUUCUUGUGCAGAGCGAAAUGGUGGGUGCCAUUAUUGGUCGACAGGGCAGCACCAUCAGGACGAUCACACAACAGAGCCGUGCUCGCGUCGACGUCCAUCGCAAGGAGAAUGUUGGAUCGCUGGAGAAAUCGAUUACGAUCUAUGGCAAUCCGGAGAACUGCACCAACGCCUGCAAGCGUAUUCUGGAAGUGAUGCAGCAGGAGGCCAUCUCCACGAACAAGGGUGAACUCUCACCGGAAUGCAGUGAAAUUUGCCUCAAAAUACUCGCCCACAACAAUCUGAUUGGACGAAUCAUUGGCAAGUCGGGCAAUACCAUUAAACGGAUCAUGCAGGACACCGAUACGAAGAUCACUGUCAGCUCUAUCAACGACAUCAACAGCUUCAACUUGGAGCGAAUCAUCACGGUCAAGGGAUUGAUUGAGAACAUGUCGCGUGCUGAGAAUCAAAUUAGCACCAAGCUGCGCCAGAGCUACGAGAACGAUCUGCAGGCGAUGGCGCCGCAGAGCCUCAUGUUCCCCGGUCUCCAUCCGAUGGCAAUGAUGUCGACACCGGGCAACGGCAUGGUCUUUAAUACGAGCAUGCCGUUCCCCUCGUGUCAAAGCUUUGCCAUGUCCAAGACCCCGGCUAGUGUGGUGCCACCGGUCUUCCCCAAUGACCUGCAGGAGACCACCUAUCUCUACAUACCCAACAACGCUGUCGGCGCCAUUAUCGGCACCAAGGGCUCGCAUAUCCGAAGCAUAAUGCGCUUCUCGAACGCAUCCCUUAAAAUAGCCCCUCUAGACGCCGACAAGCCGCUGGACCAACAAACGGAGCGCAAGGUGACGAUUGUUGGCACACCGGAGGGUCAGUGGAAGGCGCAGUACAUGAUCUUCGAGAAGAUGCGCGAAGAAGGCUUCAUGUGUGGCACGGACGAUGUGCGCCUGACGGUUGAGUUGCUUGUGGCCAGCUCUCAGGUGGGCCGUAUCAUUGGCAAGGGUGGCCAAAAUGUGCGGGAAUUGCAGCGCGUGACGGGCAGUGUGAUCAAGUUGCCCGAACAUGCCCUUGCUCCGCCAUCCGGCGGAGAUGAGGAGACUCCAGUGCACAUCAUCGGACUAUUUUAUAGUGUACAGUCUGCCCAGCGACGCAUCCGAGCCAUGAUGCUUUCGACAAAUCCGCCCCCAAUAACCAAAAAACAGAAAGCUGCCAAAGAACAAUUGCAACAACAGCAACAGAGCCUAGCCGGAGCCGCGUCCAGCGGUUCCCAGCAGCAACAGCCACAGUCGCCAUCUCAACAACAGGCACUGCCGCCGCAAUUGCAUCAUCAGCCUGUGUCGUCGGCGUCGUCAUCGUCGACGCCGCCUGCACACCAUCAGCAGCAGGCGUCGACGGCAGCGACCUCACACCAGCUCCAGCAGCAGCCAUCGCCGCCGCCACCUGGCAAUGCAACUGCGGCCGCAGCUCAGCAGCAACAGCAGCAGCUGGCGAGCUCACAACAGUAAGGAGGAAUCACCGUUAAAGGAGAGCCGGCGCCGCAGCAGCAGCAGCAAAAGCAGCAGCAACAUCAUCAGCAGCAGCAGCAGCAACGAAAGCGCCAACAAUAGCCAAGGCAGGGUUUUCUACUGUUAAUACUACCUCCAUAGCACACCCAUAAGUUUCAAUACCCAAUACCCCAAGACCCAAAAGCACCCAGCACAAUUUAACAAUUUACAACCCUAUAACAACAAGCUAACCGUAGGCGCCACCUUUGUGCUGGCACAGGCGACGGCAAAAGUAAGCAAGCAACCUGGAGCAGUAACAUAAGCAAAAUUGUACGCAUAUAGAACUGUAGGGGGACCACCACAUCAUAAAGUGAGCUGCGUGAAGAAGCUCUACUAGUUCAUAGCAGUGUAUUUCGACUUUAACAAGAUCAACAUAAAAACAGCAGUCACACAGAAAGAAUAACCAUAACAACAUUCUUCAUUUGCAUACUAAGAAAUAAAGAGAAAACGUUAAUAGAAAGCAGCGCUAUCGUUCAUAGAAACCACUAAAAACAAAACCCCGCCCCAAAAUCAAAACAUUGUGUUGUUGUUCUGCUAGUUGUUAACUUUUGCGUCAGCUGAGAAUUCGGUACCGCCCAAACUGUUGCGAACGUUUUCAAGGCAGUAUCAGUAAAACCUUAAAUAUUCAUAAUUUGUACAAGUAAACCAUAUAUUCAACAACAACACAAAGAGUCAAAGUAACUAAAGAGAAAACCCCUAAAACUAACACUAAAUUUGAUUGCAAGAAGGGGAAAUAAUGGAUAAUGAAGGACAGUUUAGUAGUGUAUGCGUUAUAUUUUUUUUAAAUAUAUUUAACUAUAAAACGUUUAUUUUUAAUUAUUUUUUUUUAACAAAGAUUUAGUAAGCUUACAUUUAAGUGGAAUGAAUAGAAGAGUAGUGAGCAAAGCGCAAGAGAAUGAGAUUGAGAAUCAAGGACAACCAUUUCGUUGAUCCCAAAACUACCGAGAAAUGUACACAAACGAAAAUUAUAACCAAGAAAUAUAAAAAAAAAAAAUUAAAAACAAGAACAAUACAAACAUGGAAAACAACAAAAGCGUCAAAAAACACAAAAACAUACCUAUUUUGAGCCCACAUCCACACACACACAACAUCAAAGGUGAAGAAGAAGCUCUCAUCUUUGGGCCAUGAUAAUGUGUAUAACAGUUGAUAAAGUUAUGUGUACAAUGUGCAACAGUUGAUGCAACUGUUGGCGCCCCGCUAGCGUUAUACAUAGUAUAACAGACCUCAACCGAAAACCCAAACCACCAAAAAGAAACAACUAUCUAUGUAUACAAUAUCGUUAAGAGCUAUACUGAUGGAUCAGUGUGUAUAUUGGGACUAUAUAUUGAUAGGAAGGGAUGUGGAUGGAACAAGAAACGCCAGCGAGAGAGCAAUGUUUACUGUACUGUACAGUUGUAAAAUAGUUUUUUGCGAUGCCUGAAACGUUGUUUGUAUAAAUGAAUGGAUACGAAAACCAGUCCCUUAUUAUGCGAUGGAAGGAGUUACAUGAAGAAUUGUUGAAUUAUACUUAGUGCAGAAGAAGCCGAAGGAAAAGAAAGCAAAUGACGGAGAGGAUAGGAACGCUACAGCAAAUGCAAAGAGCGAGAGAUAGUGUUAAAGGAACUAUUGUAAUGUGUUUGCCUUGAAAUGAAAACAAAACUAACUAGAAAUGAAAUGACGGUGCUGAAAUGUUAAUUUUUUUUUAAUCGAUCGUUAACGUUAAGUGUUACGUUAUAACGUUUGAGCGUGUAUGAGAGACAAGCUGUUAUACAUGGAUGGGACACUGCACUACAUACUACAUGCAAGAACAUAAACCAGCCAAUCCGAACCCAAAUCAAAGUCUUAACUCAUAGCCACAACCAAGCAAUCAAAACCGAAGGAUGCAUUUCGUAGAGAUCGUAAUCGUAGCGUAAACAGACAAUAUAUAACCAUUCCCGUAACCGUAUUGACCAAACCCCAUAGUUAGAGACCGCAACCCAAGUAACUGAAUCGGAGCAACAACAAUCAAACUACAAUUUACACCAGCCAAAACAAGCAACAAUAGCAAUAGCCCAAUUUUGUGUUGUUUUGAGAUAGCUAUUAUCUAAUUUUUAACUAUACAGGUUUUUUUGUAACGUAAAUAUUAAACUAAUUGAUAUUCCAUAGAGUUAGCAUUACGAAAUAGUUAGACGGACAGUCAACCAAAUCAAAUCAAAUCAAAGCCCUAAAUCCCUAACGAUCCAACCCUUUUGUUUGUAUAACACUUGCUUCGGAGGCAGACAGUUCUAAAAAAGAAAAACACACACACACCAAAUGAAGAAAUUAAGGCAAAUUCAACAUUUCGGCAAAAAGAAAAUCUAAAACACACAACAUUUCGGUCAAACAAGUAACAACAAAACGAAAACCUUUUGAGCGUCACAUUAUUUUGGAACAAAUGACAUUGACAAAAUUUAUGGACAAAAACUCAAAGCCAACAAGAAGCGUAUACAAGCUUUAGGACAGCCCAAUUUUAUGAAAUAUCACAUUUUCUUUGUUCUUUUUUAAGAAGAAACAAAAGAAAACAAACAGAAGCAGAAAAGAUGAAGAAAUUUGAAGAAGAUUGAAAAAGUAAUUAAAAUACCUCAAUGUAAGUGCAUUAUCUUCUACAAAAAAAAAAAAAAAAAAAAAAAAAAAACGAUAAAUAAAUAAAAAAAAAUGAAAACAAACUUACGGAGCGUAAAAAUGGAUACAAAUGCUAAAACAUCCUAAUGAGUAAAAA